CGAAGUAAACAUGGCGUCGAUAGAUAUUCCGCAAUCAAACAAAACAUGGGAAUUGAGUUUGUACGAGCUUCAUCGAACCCCGCAGGAGGUUAUCACGGACAAUACGGAGAUCGCCGUCUCCCCGCGGAGUCUGCACAGCGAACUCAUGUGUCCCAUAUGUCUAGACAUGCUAAAAAACACGAUGACGACGAAGGAAUGUCUCCAUCGUUUCUGUCAGGAAUGCAUCAUCACUGCACUUCGCAGUGGCAACAAGGAAUGCCCGACGUGCCGCAAGAAACUAGUCUCCAAACGCUCGCUGCGACACGAUCCAAACUUCGACGCUCUCAUCUCGAAGAUCUACCCUAGUCGGGAUGAGUACGAGGCGCAUCAGGAACGCGUGCUGGCCAAGUUGAAUAAGGCACACAAUACGGCCGCCCUUUCCUCCAGCAUCGAGCAAGGCAUGAGGGUGCAGGCGAUGAACAGGCAGCAGCGGAUACGUAAGCAGCAGUCAGAAGACGGCGGCGUGGACGGAGCGUCGCAGUCCGGACACAACUCGGGCGCUAGCACCGCCGGCGACCCGACGCCGGACACUGUGGCCGACGGUGGCGCCCCCACGCAGAAACGCAGCCGCGUCGGCUCUGAAGAUGGGUCAGUGUCGCAGACACCUGCACCGGGAGGUCAAGGUAAACAAACAGCAGGCAGUCCUACCGAAUUAGAGUUGGUUUUCCCACCGAACCAAUCGGAUGGAGGCAGUGAUACAGAAAGAUACAUGAAGGGAACUGGAAACGUUUUAAAUAAACCCACAACGGGUAGCCCGACUGAGAUUGAGCUAGUGUUUCGACCACACCCAUCCGAGGGAGGCAGUGAUACGGAGACAAGAUACAUCAAGACUACCGCCAACGCAUCAAUCGACCAUCUCUCCAAGUACCUCGCCAUGCGUCUGGCCCUCGACUACAAGAAGAGCGAGCCGCCAGGGGGCGCCACCGGCGACGGGCCGAACGCCAGCACGCGCUACGCCAUCUACAUUGCGAGCACUCCGGCGCACUACACCGUGCUGAAUGGCAGCAUGACCCUUGACCUCGUCAACACCAAGUACUGGAAGGUGAACAAGCCACUGGAGAUGUUCUACGCUCGAGAUCGCAGCGAAAAACCCUGCCUGUCGUGACGCGACCGAGGGGAGGAGGGGGAGGGAGGAGAAGGGAGGUGUAGGGAAGGAGGGAG